GAAAGAGAUUAUUAUGGUAAAAUGGGGAUGGUAAUAUAAUUAUGCAUACACCAAAAUAGAAAUAAAGCUACAGAAAAAACAUUCUCUUGUGUCUUUUCUUCUUCUUCUUAGAUCUUGUUGUUAGAUUUGGUUGUUUUUUUGCACUUAAAAAGGCGAUUGCUUUUAGGGUUUGGGUAGUAAAAAAAUAAGAUGGGGAGAGGAAGGGUGCAGUUGAAGCGGAUCGAGAACAAAAUUAGCAGACAAGUAACAUUCUCCAAACGAAGAACAGGUUUGCUGAAGAAAGCUCAUGAGAUCUCUGUCUUGUGCGAUGCCGAUGUUGCUCUCAUCGUUUUUUCCACAAAAGGAAAACUCUUUGAGUACUCUACUCACUCCAGUAUGGAGACAAUUCUUGAGAGGUAUGAAAGGUAUUCGUACGCAGAGAAAUUGCUUACUGCUCCUGAAACUGAAACACAGGCAAGCUGGACUCUUGAAUCUUCUAAGCUCAAGGCCAGAAUUGAAGUUCUUGAGAAAAACAUAAGGCACUAUGUUGGGGAAGAACUAGAGCAGCUAAACCUUAGAGAGCUUCAAAAUGUGGAGCAACAAAUCGAGACAGCUCUCAAGCGUAUACGAACAAAGAAGAACCAAGUCAUGCAUGAGUCCAUCUCCGAGCUUCAUAAAAAGGAAAGGGCGCUGCAAGAACGAAACAACUCGCUCUCCAAGAAGUUGAAAGAGAAUGAGAAAAAUGUUGAGCAACAAAAUUCAACUCAGCCGUAUACAGUUCCUUCUUUUGGGACCAGCAGGUAUUCUCUAUUUUCUUCUUUCUGUACAUAUGGAAGAGUAGCUUUUAAUCAGUUUUUGACUUUUAGCAGUGGACCGUUCAUCGGAGCAGCUAUGAGAGAGGAGGAAUUAGCUCAAACUAAUACUGCACCCACCACCAUAAUGCCGCUAUGGAUGAUCCGCCACAUCAACCAAUAAGAUCUUAAGGCAGUUGAUCUACGCUUGUCAAAUGUGUUUUAAAAGUAUUAUGUUCGGUUGCUGCUACAUAGAUACAUCAAACUUUAUCGGUUCAACUAUCUCAUAUUUUAAACACUGCUAAUUUGUACUCGCGUUCAAAAAUGCAUCAAAUAUGUAGUAAAUGAUGCUAAUAAUAUCACCAGUGACACUGUAUUGUUGUGCUGACACAGACGUUUGUUGCCUGUAUGCGUUUUGAUACGAAUUAUAUGUGUAUCAAUAUCCGAAAGCAAAUACCAAUGCAUUUACCUAUUAUACA